AUGGAGCUGCGGCUCGUGAGCGGCGUGUUGAAGAUGCAGGUGGAGGAGAUGGCGGGCGGAGUGGGGGAGCACGUGGCGGCGUUGGAGGCGAAGCUAAGGGGGCAAGGCGACGCCAUGGCUGCCAUGCAGCGCGACAUGGCCAACAUGCGCCGCGCCAUGGCUCAGCUCAAGGGGAUGGCUGCGACGGUGAAGGAGGUGAAGCUGCAGGUGGAAGCGGCGAGGGGGGAGGCGGGGGACACAGCGAGUGAGAUGCGCGGGGAUGUGGGCGCGCUGAAGGCGGAACUUGCGCGAUGGAGGGCUGCGGCGGAGCGGCAGGCGGCGGAGGUGGCGUAUGUGACGGUGACGGUGGCGCACUUGGAGGCGCGCAUCAACGACGUCGAGCUCGCGCUCGCCGCGCUCGAGGACGGUGGCGCGGGGAGGAGCCGCACCGAGCGCAGGGCGGCGGGCAGCGGGGGGGAGCAUGAGGGGCCUGAGAGGCAACAUGAGGGGAAGAAGCGGAAGCGGGAGGCGGCGGGGAAAUAG